AUGUGGCUUGCUGGGACCUUGCGCCUGUGUGAUGCUUUUGCUUGCAAAGCUUGCAGCUCAACACUCACGGCGGAAGCUUCCGCGACGGCAGGCGCAGCGAGGCAUGUCUCGGCAGGUGCCACGUUCGGACAACUCGGGGCAACUUGUGCUUCGGCCAUCCUCAAAACUUGGAGCGAGUGGAACUUGAAAGAGAGGCUUGCAAUAGCCACGCCUCUCGAUCAAGCAUGUCAAGCUGUGCUUGCAAGACAGACCGUAGAGGCCGGGUUGCGCAGCUGUCAUUGCAGCUGUGCCAUCGGUCAAGCAUGUGAAGCCGCGCUGGCAGCACAGACCUUUAGGCACAAUUGUCAUUGCAGCUGUCCUGUCGGUCAAGCAUGUGAAGCCAUACUUGCAAGACUGACCAAACAGGCCCACGCCAUUGUCAUUGCAGCUGUUCCCUCGGUGAAGCAAAGCAGUCGCUGGCAUUGGGCACCCCAGGUGGAACGAAACAGAACGUGGGAAGCAGCAACAAGCUCACUUCGUCAUAGUCGCCAGUUGGAGGCCAGCCACGGCGACCGACUGAAGGCGCUGCCAGGCAGCAGGCUACCACCCAAGCGUCGCCGGCCAAGAUGCUGUUAG